AUGCUGAAUGGUCCGUCUAAUUGGGAUCAAUGGAUAUCAACGAUUCAGAAAUUUGCUCUAACACAAAGUAUUUGGGCUCAAAUUGACCCUUCCAGCAUAUCACGAGUACCAUGUCUCAAAUAUCCGGAGGAACCAUUGAUAACGGUAGUUAAACCAACUGCAAGAUUAAUUACAGAUCUUGCCAUUGAUGAACUAAGGAUAUAUGAGUUCCUUUACAAUCGCUAUCGUACGGAACUUCAGGCCUACAAGGAUCAACAAAGGUCACUUGCAUUUAUCCAAGAAUUCAUAAUAAAAACGGUUGGUAAUUACUACUCCACUAUUUCCGAUGAACAUGAUGUUGCAAGUGAGUUGGUACUUUUGAAACGUCGACUCCAACCCUCAGGGUGGGUACAACAGAAGGAGAUUUUAAGCAAGUACCAAUUUAUUCUUAAUUCCCCUGAUAGAACGGAUAUUACUGCAUGGGUUACAAAUUGGCAGAAAGUUUUCACUGAUGCUAAAAGGAUUGGUCUUCCAGAAGCACAGGGUCUUCGACCGACCCAAUCAUUUCUCGAGUCAAUUUGUCGUAUUGACAAUUCAUUUUCAGAUUAUUGGACUAACAAGUUAGAAGAUGAAGCCAGAAGUAAUUUACAAGGGUGGGAAGAAAGAUUCCCGGAUGGUAUAGAGAUAUCAGAGAUAUUUGAGCGUACACAGGCCACCAAAGCUGCAAAUACCUCACUAAAUCAGGCAUCUUUCGCUGUGUAUAAAGGUCAAAAUUCGACGUUAAAUACUCAGCCUGAAUCAUUUACCUCAUCAAAUGAUCCAUGUACUUCUGGUCCUUCUUCGAAAAAGCCUGCUUGUCCGUGUGGGUGGAAACAUUACUUUUCAGAGUGUUAUUACAUUAAUAAGGCAUUAAGACCAAACAAUUUUAAGCCUUCAUUAGAAAGACAACAAAAAGUUGAUGAUUUUCUCAAAGUCCCUUCAAAUAACGCUAAAGUCAAUGCAGCAUUAAAAAAGGCAAAUAACUUUCGACAGAAACAAAAUUCCGAGUCAUAUGAAAGCUCAGGUCAAAAUUUACCCAGUAUUCAAGCAGUAGCCGCAGCAUCAACAGCUUCUACUUUCUCUCAACCUUCUCUCAACUGCUCCAAUUAUCCUUUAAAAAAUUCGUUCAUUCUUGAUUCAGGCUCUGACGGGCAUAUCUGCAAUGAAUUUUCUCGAUUCUCAAAUUACUUUUCUAAGCCAUCUACAGCUGUAGCAGGGAGUGGGCAAUUUGACAUUCUCGGAUAUGGAACAGUUUUUAUGAAGAUUUCAACAGGACUUUUCCAACUAAACAAUGUGGCGUAUAUACCAUCUUUUCAUACGUCUCUUGCAUCACUCACUAGGUUACAAUCUGCAGGAAUUUCGUGGAAUCCACAGACAGGAUGCAUUUUUAAUUCUGAAAAAACAAUUUGCUUUACGAAAAAAUUGUACAACCAAUACGUUAUCGAGUAUAACAAAUUUGAACCAGUAAUUACUGAAUCUUCAUUUUCCACAAAGGGUUCAGAUAUAAAAUCUGUAACACCAACAGAUAUUACAAUCUGGCAUGAACGACUUGGACAUCCUUCUAGUCAAGUACUCGAAAAAGUUCUAAAAAAUAAUUCUAUAUUACCAUCUGAAAUUAAAAAAGAACUAGAGAACUGUGAGCCUUGCAAGCUUGCGAAAGCAAAAAGGGUAGUAGCGUUCUUGGUCAAGGAUGAUUAUACUAAACUAAUUUUAUUUUACGCACUAUCAAAUUCAUCUGCUCAAGAACUUGUAGGUUGUAUUGGUAAUGUUCAGAGAUUUGUGAAAACUCAGUUUUCACUAGAUAUAUGCGUUGUGCAUCGGGAUAAUGAUGUUUCUUUGCAACAAGAAUAUCAAAAUUUUAUCUCAGAUCAUGGAAUCUUAGACGAACCUACUGCGCCUUAUACACCUGCUCAAAACGGCUCAGCUGAGCGUUCUGGGGGGGUAAUUUCUAGCAAAGCGCGCACGAUGCGUAUUUCUUCAAAUUUACCACAAUUUCUCUGGCCCGAGAUUUGGAAAACUGCUGUGUUUAUUUAUAAUCGCCUUCCUCACCGCGACUCAAGAUUGAUGUCAGCUUCUACAGUACUAUCUUCAGCCCAAAUUGAAAUCGAUAAAAAGAGCUGGAUAUCUCCAACAGAAAAAAUGGUUAUAUUGCUUCAGAAAAACCAACAACGUGCCCCAUCUAUAUCGACAGACUUGUCAGUUCACCACACAUAUGGAUAA